CCCUGAAGAUGGCGCAUUUAGCAAAAUAAUAAGUGACGUCACACCUGGCAGUCGCCAAGAAAUCCCUAAAACCACCAAUAACGUCCUGUAGCCACGAAUAUUCGUGUUAAAUUUACUUUAAAUACACGCAGAUAGUAGGUGCACACCUGCGAACCAUGACUAUCCUUCCGAAGAAGAAAGUAACGAAAGAUAAAAAUGAAAGUGACAACGUAGAUAAAGGUUUGUCCCACCACCCCCGUCACCAUCCGUCGGGGACAGAGAACCGUCACGAAAAACCAGCCCGUGUCAGAAACUCUCCGACGCGAUGGCUGCCGACCCCAGGUCGAGAGGAUGCGGCUCACGUUGAUCCGGGCCCAUAUGACGCUCAUGACAGUGCAGCUGGUCAUAACAAGCGUCGGCACCGGUCGUCGCCGCAUAGGAAUCACCCACGGAAACAUCGUGGUGCACAUUCCGGACAUGCUAGCAUAGCUCCAGCGGUUGCGGCUCACUCACCACAACAGGGUGUGUCAUAUGAGGAAGAGGAACCAACUCGCAACAGCGACGAUGAAUACGUUCCUCCCCAACACCCAGAAAAUAUUGAGGAGUUGGAAAAAUGGUUUGAAACCUCUCUUAAGGAAAAGCGAGGAUUUUCAAUCCGGAAAAUGGGCGAGGAUGGUGCCUGCCUGUUUAGAGCUGUUGCCGAUCAAGUGUAUGGUGAUCAAGAGAUGCAUGGAACAGUGAGAAAACAGUGCAUUGAGUAUCUGGCCAAGAACUCUGACUACUACUCGCACUAUGUAACAGAGGAUUUUAAUACAUAUUUGAAUAGAAAAAGAAUGGAAAACUGCCAUGGGAACCAUUUAGAAAUCCAAGCCAUGUGUGAAAUUUACAACCGACCGAUAGAAGUCUACCAAUAUAGUAUUGAUCCCAUUAAUACGUUCCACGGAUCCUACAAGACUGACAAUGAGCCAGUACGGAUCAGCUACCAUCGUAACGUGCAUUACAACGCGGUCAUUGAUCCGUACAAGCAGACCGUCGGUGUGGGGCUGGGGCUGCCUUUGAGCAACUUUCAACCUGGGCUGUCGGAGCCCACCCUUGUGCGUGACGCAACACGUCAGUCUGAGGAGUUGCACCUGGAGCAGGCGAUGUUAGAGGAUAAAAUACGGGAGACAGACUGGGAAGUCACGCAGGAGACGCUACAGGAACAGGUCGCGCGUGAGUCCUACCUCUCCUGGCUACGAGACAACGAGAAACGCAUGAGGAGCUCGCAAAACUGCACAGCUAGCGCCACCUGCAGUUCAUCGAGCGAGUACUCUCAACUUCUAGAUGGCCCGAGUGCCCCGGACGUUAGACACGCCCGAUCCCCACACCAUAAAACUUCCAAUCCGGGCUCGCCCAAGACCCUUGAUAUGUCUCCUAGACAACAUGAAUCAAAAGGGUCCCCCAUGUCGGAUGUAGCAGCGGUUGGAGAGGGGGCUGUUGGAGGGAGGGAGUACGAGACACACUCGAUAGUCGGUCAAUACCCGGAGUCCAUCUAUGCGGACUACGCAAACUUCGGAGAAGAGGAUAUUCUGGCCCAGGUGAUUGCCCAGUCCCAACAGGAGUAUAUAGACAGUUUCAAGAGGGGGGCUCAUCCCCCACUCCCUGGGGCGGACAAGGGAUCCCCCCGGGCUCCUGGCCGGCCGGACUCGCCCCCUAGCUAACAUAGACUGCUGGCUAUAGCGUGCGUUUGAAUGUACUACAUCGCUUAUGGUGAAUUAGCACAAACAAUACAAUAUGUAUUUUAUUCGGGCCCUGUGUUCAUGGAAAGAAGUGACAAGUCUUAUCACCAAAAUUAGACCCAAGAUAGGCUAAUUUACGCAUUGAACUUUGUCAGUUGUACAUGUAUUUGUAUUUGUACAUGGACAUUUGUAGUUAAAAUAAUUUUUUAAACUUAAAAAAUAUAAUUAAAAAGUAGUUUUUACAUAGGUUAACUGUAGGGCAUGGAUGGGGUUACAAUUUAGGACAUGGGAACCCAAUCCUCCACCCUUGGGUAUCCUGUACAUACAUGUACAUUUCAUGCCACAGAAAAAACUGGACAUAUUAUACAUUAACCAUGUCAUCUAAACCCUUUACAUCAUGUCAAAGCAAGCCAUAUUAGGCCUGCCAGUCAGCUUAUUAGCAUAUUGAUUACCAGUAGCUAAUAGAUAUGGUGCCCCUAUCAACAACAAGUGCAGGUUUUUUUUUAUCGUAUGUCUUUUGAAAAAACAUUAUUCUCGCUCUGUUUAUGUGAGCUCAGUUACAUUUUGGCGAACGUCUUCUAUGAAAAUGCUCAUUGAGAAGAAAAUUCAUAUUCAUUCACUUUACCAAGCAGCUGGUGACAAGGCUGAUGUGAACCAACCAAAAAUCACCAAACAUUUUGAUGGUACAGCUGCAUUGAUAAGGUAUUGGGUACUUAAAUUGUAAUGCCAAAAUUUGAUCAGCCCGCAGUUACCCACCCAUCCAUGCCCUAGUUAACAGUGAUAUACAGUCGAACUUCAUUGGUUCGAACUCGCUCGGCUCGAUUUCAUCGUUGGCUCGAACUGGAUGUAAAGAGCCAUUAUUUAUUUUUACCAAAUGUAAGCAUUCUGGCUUUGCUUAAAUUUCACGAGGCUCAAGGUAUUUUAGCCGGUCCUUGAGAGUUUGAGCCAAUGGGUUUCAACUGUAUAGCAAAACUCAUUGAGGCUUUUUUUGUUAUUGCAACAAAUGUGCCGAUUCAGUUGGAAGGCUUGAUCAUUUUGCCCAAAUGUAAAAAAAGGGCCCAUAACUCAGUUUCCCGAGGCUUAUUAAUACAUUAAUUUUCAUGAAGCUAGGCUUUGUACGAAACUGUGAUGAUGAAGUUGAACCUUUGCAUUUAGUUUGAUUGGAAAGGUAUGGAAAAUUGUGGGGUUUAUGUCAUGUUUGCGGUUUUGAAUGGAUAAUAUUACUUGGUUUCAAAUGUAAAAGUAUGUUUCCCUGUGGCGGAUUUCAUGAUUUGUUCCCUUGUUUUAUAAGAAAUCGGCAUUGCAUCUUUUUGUCUGCUACAAAAAUAAAUGAUGGUGUGUUAUAUAGUAUAAAAAAAUGUAUACUUAACGUUAUUUCAUGAUAGUCCCCUCAUUUAUGAUACAAACAUGUGUAUGUGCGUCACAUAACAGUACAUAUAUCACACAUAAAGAAAUGUUUAACUAAGUUGGUUAAAAGAAACCUUAAAAAAGAAGACAAGAGACACUGGGCCGAUUGUUUAAAACUUUGUUGAUGUCAUGUUGUUAACUUUUAAACAACAUUGUUGAUGUAAUGUUGUUAACUUUUAAACAACAUUGUUGAUGUCAUGUUGUUUAGUUUAAAAUCAACAUUUCUGUGGUAUUUUCACAAGUAGUCAUAUAAAUAUAUGAUCUGCAGUUUUCCUAAAUAAUAUUUGAGCCAACUGUUUUAGCUGUACAUAAAGACUUUUCAAAGUAUUUCAGCUUCAAAAGUUAACAGCAAUGUUGUUAAUCAUGUUGUUAACUUUAACAAAUUUCUAAACAAUCCUGCCAUUGUGACAUGGUUUUUGUAAUUAGCGACAGAUGCUUGAUUGUUAUUCAUUUGCUUUUUUUGUUUACUCAGUUCACGAAACAACUCAGUCCACGAUUAAAUGGGCCAUUCCUUCUUUUGUAUUAUAUUUCAUACUGAAGGCAUCAGAAUAUGUUAAGUUAUAAAUAAUAGCGUUUAUAUGCAGUUAAUGAAUGUUUUUAAAAAAAAUAAUUAUGGUUGCACAGAUAUGUAUAGCUUGUCUGCUCGUCUGUAUUUCAAAGGAAAGUUCAAGGUAUUAUUAUAAUCUUGGUGUCGUUGUUGCCGUUGUUGUCAUCACCAUGCAAACACAUUAGUUUUGGCCAUAAUUUUGAAAUCGUUAUGAAGAUAUUUACAUUCAACUUGGUACGCGUGCUCACCAUGCAAAAACAUUAAUUUUGGCCAUAAUUUGGAAAUCGUUAUGAAGAUAUUUACAUGCAACUUGGUACGCGUGUUCACCAUGCAAAAACAUUAAUUUUGGCCAUAAUUUGGAAAUCGUUAUGAAGAUAUUUACAUGCAACUUGGUACGCAUGUUCACAAGGCAAAAACAAAUAAAUGGUUGUGUAAGGGUAAUAUUUUUUUAAAAACAAGUAGGGAGGGUAGGCUUUGUAAGUUUUUUUAUUAAGCUUUAUGUUAGAACAAUAUUGUCACCUUUGAGAAAAUGGCAUUAAAAUAAUCUCUGUAUAAAGCUUUAAAGGUUUAAAACUACAUAUAAAACACACACUUAAAUUAUUAUUAUUUUUUUAUUUUUUUUAACAACAGACUAUAAAAAAGGGAGGUACAGCUUUAAAGUUAAGUUCUGUAUAAAGCUUAAAAGGUUUUAAACUACAUUUUGAAAUAUGCACUUACAUUAUAAUUAUUAAUUAAAUUUUUUUUAACCUUUUUUAACAGCAGACCAUGAAAACGGUAGGGGCGGCGCCUUUUUUUAUAGGAAGGGUCAGGUAAUGUAACCUGAAGUAUUUUUUGUUUGUCCUAAAUUACCAAUAUAACAUAUUUGUUGAGGUUUAAUAUAAUGUUCCUUGGUCAACUAAGAAAAACAGACAAGCGAUAAAGUCCACCUGUGGUGCUCUUGUUAAUAAGCUGUUGUUAUGUUUGAGUGUAUUUGUGUGUGACUCCGAUUGUGCUAUGUUGUUAAAGGUUAUUCUUGUUGCUAGGGUAAUCCUAGGUCUCUUUUGUUUUAAAUGAAUUUAUUUUAUGUUGUUUGAUUUUUUCCAAAUGGUUUAACUCUUUCUAAUCAUUAACUCUAUUAACACAUUUAUGAUUGAUUAUCAGAUGCUAAUAAUAAAUACUUUGGAAAUGCUA